AGAAGCAGCAGGACCGUUUACGGAAGUACGCGUUCUACGCCGACGAUGAAGAAGAAGCCGAAAAGGUGUUUUCUUUGCUGGCUAGGAUAGCUAACUAGCUAGUAUAUUUGUUACAUUAGCCAUUCCUUCCAUUUCUCUUUAUACAAAUCCGAAGCAAGAAGUUCUUUAGAGGUGAAAUAUGGCAGAAUCUCCCUUUCCUCUGCUCUCCCUAGGUGUCCUGGUUCCUCCUCUCCGGAUGAUGUCAGCACUCAUGUGGCAGGUGGUGCGCCAGGGCAACAUAAAUCAGUAUGGGAAAUUGGAGGAGUUUGUUUCCAUGGUCACAGAGGCGGUUCCAGAUCUCCUGUCCAAUAGACAGAGGUGGCUGCUGACCCUGGCACUCAGAGGACGGGUGAGUCUACAACUAUUAGGGUCUGGACGUCCUGAUGACCUCAAGGCUGUUCAAACCCACCUGGAUAGAAUCACAGCAUCUGGUCUCAAACAGUCAAACGAUGCCGCGAUUGAAUUUGCUGAAGCCAACUUCCUGAAGCUGAUCCAGAGUCUAGUGAAAGACCCAGAUAGAAGGAAACACUUCUUCAAGGUUGUGUUCCCCGUGGAGUAUGGACCUAACUUUGAUUCGGCGCUGCAGAGUCUGGUGUGUCAUUUGCUGUCCAGACUGGAGGAGCUGCUGCCCGUCCCUGACUUCAAACAGACUGCUUUGUUGAUCAGUGCUGCCCCCUCUGUCCUGGAGGACUUCCUGUGCAGUGUCUCCCAUGCAGAGGACCUGAAGUCCCUGCUACAGAACCCACAGUGCCACGGGAAACUCAAGCUGCCCAAGAGCGCUCCCUCGCAGAUAGAGGACCAGCUCCUCUUAUCCUUAUCCCCCUCACUGAGACUGGGCAAUGCCUCGCACCACAGCGCCAGCGAAUCCAAAGCCUUCCCUGACUGUGAGAACCCGCCCCUGCAGGUCAGAGAUAACCAGGGGACUAUGACUGACAAUUUGAGUGGCCAAUGGGCUAAGUCCAAAACGAGUAUAGAUCAAAACAUGAUUGGGACAGAUUCAGUAGAAAACCAAGGAAGUCCUCAAAGAAGGGAUAACCAGAAGGACGUGAAGGAGAAAGAUGUGGAAAGACAAAGAGUAGGAAAGACAGCAGCAGACACGGAGCACCAAUACUGUCUGAGCACCAAUACCGUUCCUCAAACCGCUGAACAAGACACGGCACCAUCAGCCAGCCAACAAGCUGCCUCAGCCUCCACCUCAGUCUCUGCCCAGGACACCACCUCAGCCUCCACCUCAGUCUCUGCCCAGGACACCACCUCAGCCUCCACCUCAGUCUCUGCCCAGGACACCACCUCAACAUCCACCUCAGUCUCUGCCCAGGACACCACCUCAGCCUCCACCUCAGUCUCUGCCCAGGACACCACCUCAACAUCCACCUCAGUCUCUGCCCAGGACACCACCUCAGCCUCCACCUCAGUCUCUGCCCAGGACACCACCUCAGCCUCCACCUCAGUCUCUGCCCAGGACACCACCUCAGCCUCCACCUCAGUCUCUGCCCAGGACACCACCUCAGCCUCCACCUCAGUCUCUGCCCAGGACACCACGUCAACAUCCACCUCGAGCACCAUAUCAGCCUCCUCCGGUGUGUCACCAGAGCAGCCGCGGCGGCGCGUGGCCCACAGGUGUCCCCAAUGUGGUCGUUGUUUCAUCUACCGCUAUAAGAUGCUGGAGCACCAGAGACUCCACACGGGGGAGAACCCUUACAAGUGUUCCCAGUGCGGUAAGACCUUCAGACGGUCCUCGGAGAUGUCCACCCAUCGCCGGACACAGUGCUCCAACGCUGCCUAUGUCUGUAUUAAAUGCGGAAGCAGUUUUGGGUCGGUCAGAGAGAGGGUCAGCCAUCGGUGUUGCGGUGGCAAAGCGCCGGCGCCCACGUUUGAAUGUCCACAGUGUGGGAAGAACUUCAAGUGGCACAACUCGUUAAAGAAACACCUGGUAACCCACACCAGGAAGAAGGGCUUCAAUUGCAGGUACUGUGGUGAGGGGCCGUUCCCAGGUAUAGCUGAGCUGAGGACCCACCAGAAGAUCCAUGAUGGAGAAGAGAAGCCCUACAAGUGUGAACAGUGUGGAAAGGGCUUCAGUUCUCAGGGCUGGCUACAUGGCCACGAGCAGCGCCACUCCCAAGAGAGGUCCAAGAUCUGCCCCAGCUGUGGAAAGGCCUUCCGCUGUAAAGGGGACCUGAAGCUCCACAUGCGGACUCACACCGGCGAGAGGCCGUACCAGUGUACCUACUGCACCAAGCGGUUCUCUGUCAACGGAAACCUGACGAUACACAUCAGGACUCACACGGGGGAGAAACCUUUCCUCUGCUCUGACUGCGGCAAGACCUUCUGCUCUGCAGGAGAGCUGCAGAUCCACAGGAGAACACACACCGGGGAGAGACCGUACAAAUGCACCGUCUGCGAGAAAGGUUUCACCAUGGCCAGUCAGGUGACUCUUCACAUGCGGGUACACACGGGGGAGCGACCCUACGUGUGUCACGAGUGUGGAAAGGCAUUUCGUCGCGGGGCAGAGUUGAAGACACACAUCCUGAAUCACAGUGGGGUGAGACCGUACCCCUGUCGGCUCUGUUCUAAGACCUACACCUGCCUUAGUCACCUGAAGAGACAUCUGAAGACUCACGGGGACCAGGCGGUGGAUAUGAGCAGUGAUUUGUCUGUAUCUGCUGUAUAAUAAACCAGUUGAAAAGAAAACACUUACCUUUUAACACUGUGUUGUCAAUAUACAAAGGUGCAUAUUUCAUUUUCUGACGGCUGCUUAUGCUAAUUCUAUUAAGAGGUAGUUGACUGAACUCCGUAAGGAUCGUCGCCAUGUUUGCUUAUUGCUACUAUCAGGACUAAGACUGUUGCUUCUAGAACAAGAGGAGUGUUGCUUCUAGAACAAGAGGAGUGUUGCUUCUAGAACAAGAGGAGUGUUGCUUCUAGAACAAGAGGAGUGUUGCUUCUAGAACAAGAGGAGUGUUGCUUCUAGAACAAGAGGAGUGUUGCUUCUGGAAACGAGACGAGUGUUGCUUCUGGAAACGAGACGAGUGUUGCUUCUGGAGACGAGUGUUGCUUCUGGAAGCGAGACGAGUGUUGCUUCUGGAGACGAGUGUUGCUUCUGGAAGCGAGACGAGUGUUGCUUCUGGAAGCGAGACGAGUGUUGCUUCUGGAAGCGAGACGAGUGUUGCUUCUGGAAACGAGACGAGUGUUGCUUCUGGAAACGAGACGAGUGUUGCUUCUGGAAACGAGACGAGUGUUGCUUCUGGAAGCGAGACGAGUGUUGCUUCUGGAGACGAGUGUUGCUUCUGGAAGCGAGACGAGUGUUGCUUCUGGAGACGAGUGUUGCUUCUGGAAGCGAGACGAGUGUUGCUUCUGGAAACGAGACGAGUGUUGCUUCUAGAGACGAGUGUUGCUUCUGGAAGCGAGACGAGUGUUGCUUCUGGAAACGAGACGAGUGUUGCUUCUGGAAACGAGACGAGUGUUGCUUCUGGAAACGAGACGAGUGUUGCUUCUGGAAACGAGACGAGUGUUGCUUCUGGAAACGAGACGAGUGUUGCUUCUGGAAACGAGACGAGUGUUGCUUCUGGAAACGAGGCGAGUGUUGCUUCUGGAAACGAGGCGAGUGUUGCUUCUGGAAACGAGACGAGUGACAUUUUUCUUUGUUGCAGUUCUAGGUGUUUUUAUAAUCAUUUUGAUCAUGUCUUAGUUUGAAGCUUUUGGAUGGUUGCAGUAGCUAGUGUUUCUGUUCAUCUCACAUGCCAAGUUAAAAUAGUUUCUGUUCAUCUCACGUGUUGGUUCUGUUUACUUAACAAAUAAGGAACACUCAAUGUGCACUUAUAAAUCAUAACAAUUUUAAUCAAAAUACAGCUGUAGACAGAAGUCAAAGAUCAAACAACUGAUGUCUCUCGUGAGUUCUGCCCCAUAGGAAAAGUCCAAGUUGCUUUUAUCAUGUAGUCAACCCCCUGUGAUGUCACUGCAUACGUCAUUACCUUCUACUCAUCAGAUCAAUCCCAUGCAUACACAGCUAUACAAACCCUGCAAGAGAUACGAUAGUUCCAGUGUUUUCUAAGGCCUCAGCAGUAAAUGUCCACACCCCGAUGUUGAUUUAUAGAUGUAUGUCUGACUAGUCUCUUAUCUCUUCUACUCCCCUGCAGGGUUCUGUAUUAAUCUUUGAAGUGCUUUCUCACAGACCCUAUGCAAUAAUUCACACAUUUCUCAGACCAUUUCUUUAAAAGAGGCAGAGACUUAGAAAAGACUAUGGAACAAUUUUAAACGUUAUAAUGAAUAUAUAUAUAUAUAUAUAUAUAUAUAUAUAUAUAUAUAUAUAUAUAUAUAUAUAUAUUGCUAAUCUGUAGUCCAGGACCCUAUAGAUGUAGUGGAGGAGGGGUCUUAUAACCCCUCCCCUUCUAUUAAUACAACAUAAGCAUAAUCAAUUAUUAUAAUACAUCAAACAUUUGGUGCAGCUCCUAUCAUGAACCCAAUUUGACCCCAUCACAUGCCAAGUUAAUCCAUGUCUGUUCAUCUCAGAUGCCAAGCUAAUCAGCAAUGGAAAGUGGUUUGUUGACUAAUGGAACUAUUAGUUGUGAGACACAUGGAGGUCUCUCCCAACCCACCUUAAUUAGAGGGUAUGCAAUCAUGUUUGACCCUAUUUUUCAAUAAGCACAUUUUCUGCAGAAAAAAUAACUCCCUUAAACUCAAUUUCACACUGACUUGACCUUGGUCAAACUGUAUUUUACAAAGAUAGAACGUAUGAUUGUUUUGAAUAUGUUAAUUGAAAUGAAAAUAUUAAAUUAUUUCUUGACUA